UUUGCUGCGUUGUUAUUGGCUGUAUAGCAAAACAUUUUUGGAAAACCAAUCAAAUUGUUAGGUCAUCGCUCCUCCAUUGGACAGAUUUUAUUACAAACUUUUUUGAUUGGUCACAAUCUAUCAAACUUUGGAAUGUAGAAUUUUGAAAAGUGGCAGAUUUUUUUGAAUAAUUUACGGCAGUUGAAUUAAUUUUAUGUGCUUUCGAAGUUCAUGUUUACUGAAUAAAACUAAUAAUUGUUAAAUUAAAUAAUGAUGAUCUCGUAAAAUAAUUAAAAUGGCUUUAAACAAUUGGAAGAAGGUGGAAAACGAAGUUGGUUAUCCGUGUUAUGUAGAUGAAGCGACAGGCAAGCAGCAGUAUGACCAUCCAGAGUUUCAGAAGAUUAUUCAAUCACUGAAAGAGUAUGAUGACAUAAAAUACAGUGUUUACAAAAUUGCUUUCAAGAUUACUGCUCUACAAAGACACUUGCGCGUUCCUCCUUUGCGCAUAAGUUCAGGCGUGUUCGCACGUCACCAGCUCAGCCUUUCUGAGAGCAGUUUGUCCCUAGACACUGCGGAAUUAGAAGCUGUGCUAGCAGACAUAUACUUUGCAGCGGAGAAGGAAGGCCUCUUUAGCGGGGAUGUUGACUUGACUGUGGAUUUAUUGAUCAAUUUACUAUUGAAUGUUUAUGACAAAGACAGAAAAGAGCCUGUCAGAGUUCUAGCCGCUAAAACGCUGCUCAUUGUACUGAGUGAGGAGCCAGUGACCGACAAAUGGGGAGCGCUGGCCAACUGUUCUGCAGACCACAAUGGGUGCGUGUCGCCGCGACGGUUGUUCGCGUUGUUGACACAUAUCACUGCGCUGCCAGCGUACCUCGGCUGUGCAGCCGAGAACCUGCAGGCUGACGUGGAUGCCUGCUUUGAUAAGAGCGCUGGCAUGCUCGGCGUCAGUUCUCGAUCAGUGGCGGAGUGGGGCGUGCAGCAUUGUGCCACAGCGCGCUGGCUGCCGCUUUUACAGCGCGUAGUGGCCAGCAGAAACAGCGCUAGCAUCAGCGCUACUUGCGCUGCGUGUACGCAGCCUCUUAUACAGGUUAUAAAGUUUAAAUGCUCCAAAUGUCAUGAGGUUUACUUCUGCGAGAAGUGCUACUUGUAUGACAAGGAUCUGACGAGUGUUAGUGGGCACAAGAAGACACAUUUAGUACAUGAAAUCCUGGAUGGAGAAAUAAAACCCGCUCAAUGCCUAGGCUUCAUCAAAGGCAUGAAGCGAUUCUUUUUCUGCACCCGGACUAAGAAGAAACAAAUUUCCAAAAAGGGCUCUAAGAAGAGUAUAGAUAAGGUCGAAAAUCACACGUUGCGUCGUAAGAAGGAGGGCAAACCUGCGAUGUUUACGUCAACCGUUGGCAAGGCGUCCGGUAACGGUGGGAAUAACCCAGCUUCGUUGCUCCAAGAUAUCAUUAAUCAGCUGGAAACGCAGAACAAGUGA